CAAGAGGAGGUGGUCCUGCUCGACAAACACCGACCAGAAAAACAUCCGACGAGGAAAGUUCGCGAGGUCUAAUGAUAAACUUAAAACUUGACAACGUUCGCGAAGGACACUACUAAAGGCCAAUUUUAGCCGAACCUUUGUUCUCACAGGGUUGAGGAGUUUUGAAACUUUUACCUUGAAGAUAUCUUUUUGGGGAAAAAAAAGUUUGCGAGUUGAAAAUGGAGAGGCCAGCUGAGUGAUAGUGGGGUGAGGAGGCUGGAUUUGGCAAAUUUGGGAGUCCUGCCCUGUUGCUAGCCUGCUAGUUAGCAUGCUCAGCUUCGCUAUCCCCAUUCAGCACGAAUAAGAGUUCCCAUCUUCACUCUGACAGCUUUUGCCUUGGAAGAUAAUGAUACAUUGCUACCUUAACCAAUGGAGUAAAUUAUUGCAUACUUUCAGUGGAGACGCUUAGCAAAGUAUCUGCUUGAUGUUUGAUGUCCCAGGGCUUUCCACCCUUCUAUUGUCAGUGGAUUUUGUGCCCCAAGUAACCCAUGCAAUUUGAUCUGAAGUUUUCAAAGUAUUAUCUUGUCUGACAUGAAGGUCAGGUCUAAUCUUCAGUCACAAUGGCUGAUUUAAAUUGUGACAUGGAGUAAUAACAUCUGCUGGAGGAAGGAGACAGCCAACAUGUUUGUUUUACUGCAGUAAUGACGUUUUGCAUUAGUGGAUGGAUCGGAUGCAUACAAGAUCAGUGACUGCUGAUGCCAGCUGAUCGGGACUCCGGCUCGAUUCAUGAACCCUCAGUCUGAGUCGAGGCACAGCUUGGGCGACGUUGAGUCGGCUGAUGCUGUAAUGAAGCAGGGCUCCUGGUGGCCUGCGUGGCUGGCUGGGCUGAGUCCCCGAGUUAUGUGAUGGGGUGCAGGAAUACUAAGGUCCUCCCUGAGCCUCCAGGGGAUGUUCAGUUGGACCUGGUCAAAAAGGUGGAUCCACCCCGUCAAACAGACAUCUACAAGCACUUCAUUCGAGGAGAUGGUACGGCUAGCAAGGUUGAUGAGGCUGGUGGUGGGGGAGGUGACAAGACAGGUUCCAUCUCCCCACCGCUUCCUCAGGGACAAGCUUCCACUCCUGUUGCCUCCGCACAAAUCUCUAAAAACCCAUCUGAGGUGUCAGACCCUCAGCGAAAAAAGGUGGCCAAAUACCGAGCCAAGUUUGACCCACGAGUCACAGCCAAGUACGACAUCAAAGCUUUGAUAGGUCGAGGGAGUUUUAGCCGGGUUGUACGUGUGGAGCACAAGAGCACUCGGCAGCCGUACGCCAUAAAGAUGAUUGAGACCCGGUACAGGGAGGGAAGGGAAGUUUGCGAGUCCGAGCUGUGCGUUCUUCGAAGGGUUCGCCACACCAAUAUAAUCCAGCUAAUGGAGGUCUUUGAGACGGCCGAGCGAGUUUACAUGGUGAUGGAGCUGGCCACCGGAGGGGAGCUGUUUGACCGCAUCAUUGCUCGCGGCUCUUUUACGGAGCGAGAUGCCACCCGGGUGCUGCAGAUGGUGCUGGACGGCGUCAAGUAUCUCCACACUUUGGGGAUCACGCACCGAGACCUGAAGCCCGAAAAUCUGCUGUACUACCACCCUGGCGCCGACUCCAAAAUCAUCAUCACUGACUUUGGUUUGGCCAACAGCAGGAAGAAGGGCGACGAGUGUCUGAUGAAGACCACUUGCGGCACACCUGAGUACAUUGCCCCCGAGAUCCUGGUGAGGAAACCCUACACAAAUGCCGUCGACAUGUGGGCGUUGGGGGUGAUCUCAUACAUCCUGCUGAGCGGAACCAUGCCCUUUGAAGAUGACAACCGUAUGAGGCUAUAUCGGCAGAUCCUCAAGGGGAAGUACAGCUUUUCUGGAGAGCCAUGGCCCAGUGUGUCCAACCUUGCCAAAGACUUUGUGGAGCGGAUUCUAACUGUGGAUCCUAGCGCGCGACUAAAUGCCGGCCAGGCUCUCAAGCACCCUUGGAUCGUCAGCAUGGCUGCUGCCUCUUCCAUGAAGAACCUACAACGCUGUAUAUCUCAGAACCUGCUGAAGCGGGCGUCAUCUCGCUGCCACAGCACUAAGUCGGCCCAGUCCACACGCUCCAGUCGCUCAACCAAAUCCAACAAAGCUCGUCGCGUUCGGGAAAAAGAGCUGCGUGAGUUGAACAGACGCUAUCAGCAGCAGUACAAUGGCUGACACCUAACUUAUUGGGGCGGCUGUUAAAAAGACAUACUGAAGGUAUUCCUGCCCCCUGAAAGAAACUCAGAAAAUGGGUCAAAAGCCUUUGAGAAAGUACCUGCUGCCAGCAUGACUGUAUCAAAAUUAUAAUCCCUGAAUUUGGAAGGACAAACAUUGCGUAGCAUUUUUUUUACGAUGUUUUACCAAAUCAUUGUCAUCUCUCAGUCCAUCUGUUCAUACUUAAGCCCCUAUCCUACUUAACAGGAUGGAGCACUCCUUUCCUUUUGUUCUGUCAUUUCGUGUGUCUUGACAUGUAUUUAUUUAUUACUGUGGACAGUCUCCAUUCAGUUGGUCACUGGAACAAAUGACCUUCCAUGAGGAUCUGUUGAACAGAGAUCUAGGUAAUGAAGUUACUUAAGAGGAGGGUAAACAUUCCCUCACACCCUCAUGACUGAUGACAAUUGCUGUGAAUUUAUGUAGUAUCCGUCUUGGAGAGUGGCCACUGGAGACUUGCAGAAACAUCAAUGCAACAUCAAAAGGCCAACAUCAAGACAUGUUUUGCCUUUAAGAUUGUCUCAUCUUGCCAUAUUUGCUCAGUUUAGCACUAAUAUUUUUUGACUCUCCAAAAGAUUGUGAAUCUGUGAUUUCACCUCCUCCCCACAGUCCUGUUUCAAGUGCCUUAUUUGUAAUUUGUGCUCCUUCCUGCUGCAGUAACUUUGAAUUCUCAAGGUUAUGAGGCCAUUUAACUUGUGUUUUGUCCCUUUAUUAGUCACAGUAUGGAUGAGACAAACUAUGCAAGUUGCACCUGCCAGUUAUACAUUUAGACCACUUUGUUGCAAAAGCAAGAAACUAAAGAAAUGAAAGCAAAGACAAAGACUGCAUGGGGUUGGACUGAAGCUUAUAUUAAAAACUAUAAAUACACGGGGUCCUCAGUUUACGACAUUGAGCCGUUCCUAUGCGGCGAUGUAAACUGAAUUUUGGUGUAAGUCAGAACAGUAAUAAAAUGAAACAGUACAGUAAUUAAAAAAGAGAAAACAAUUCCUUACCUUCAUUCCUGUGGUUGAUGAUAUCACACGCGAGAGAGAGAGAGACGUCGCAACAGUCCAAAAUGACGUAUACCAUGUAUGGGUAACGCGGUUUUCCUCAGUCCACAGCCUCUUUCGUGGAACUAGUUCCCCCACACGUUACGAAUCUUAUGACGCCUUUACGACGCAAAACCGCUUAGGUCGAAAAAAGGCUUCAAAUACAUGAGACGCGUGUCGUAAACACGAAACAACGUAACUUGAGACCGUCGUAAACCGAGGACCCCUGUAUAGGUUUUGUAAUUGUAAAACUGUAAUACUUGGAUUUAUUGCCAAUUCACGAGUGAAGGCAUUCCAUUGUGUUUUUUUGUUUUCUUUUGUCUUUGAUGCCUCUAUGGCCUUCCUAUUCUUAAAUCUGGACAACUGUUGUGACAUCUGCCCCUAAAUUAUGUUGUGUUUUAUGUUAAAAGGUUUACCUUAUCUACUGCCGAGUGCACAAUAAUACGCUCUACUGGUAGCUAGUGCAAGUGAUUACAGAAGUGCAGUGAGGUAUAUACGCCACCGAAAAUGAACAUUGCCCGAGUGCAUCUUUAUAUAUAAUUCAUAUCCAAUAUUUUUAGGUAGUGAAAACUCAAGUAAAACCAGAUAAUUAAGAGCCAUUAUUCAUUGAAGAAAAAAAAAAAUCCCAAACUAUUUUUAUGCAUAUGUAACACUUCCAAGGGCACCGGGGAUACAACAAUACUCCAACUCCUCUUUCUUUAAAAAGAAAUUAUUAUUACAUGUGAUUUUAUGCUGAAUAGAAAACAAAUGAAAAGUAAUAUUUUGUAAUUCAUCUGUUUACUAUUUGUUUAAGUUUAAUUGAAUGUCUGGAAAUUUAAUAUUAAACCUAGAAAGCUGUUACAUUUGACAGAAAUUAUUUGAACACAUCAUUUUUUACUGUUAAACUUUAAUAUGAUUUAAUGUGUAGUCUGACAUGUUUCCCAAAUGAGAAAUUUUGUUAUUUUGUUUAUUUUCGCAAAGCACUUCGUGGAGAAAGUUAACUGAUUUUUGUACAAGCAGUUUCAUUCCUUGAUGUCUAUCAGUUAUUUUUUUUUUUUUUUUAAUGAUUUGCUACAAUUUCAUUAAUGAAAAUGUUGCUGUGAUCUACAAAGAAUUAGAAAGGCUGUUGUGAAUUUUUCUUUAACAUACUGGAACUUAGCUGAGCCAUUUUAGCUGACCUCAGUAUUUCUGUAAAUCUUUGGUUCCUUGCGUUUCCAAGCAUUCUCAUUCUAUUGCUGUUAUUUGCAUUUUUCCUAUACACACCAAGUUGUGCUAUCCUGUGAAAUCUGUUCUGAAUCUUUUUGCCUUCUUGUCUCUAUAAUACAGUAAUUGAGGCUAUCAUAGGUACUGAUAUCAAUACACUCGGUCGACAUAGAGGCAGCUUGUUGAUGCCUCAUUUUGCAGGUACUGCACCUCAUGAUAGAAGAACUUCACAAAACAUGUCCAUCAGGUCUUACAAGAUUGAUUUCUCACAGAAUAUAACAAUUCACAACUAGAAAUCAUUUGAAUUCUUGAGUUGGUUAUCUACAUUGAAUACAUGAGAACAUGUAUGCUGUUUGAAUAAAUAAAUGUGUUCGUCUUGCAAAAAUGUCAACACAACAGUACUUUUUUCAAUGUUGUCAUUCUGAGUUGGUGUAAAUGACAAUGCCCUAAAUGAAGUAGACAGCACUUACCGAAAAGCAUUCAUUUUUUAUAUGAUGUAUAAAUAAGCGAUAAAGUGUUGAUUCUUCUA